AUGCCUCCAUACCUCGAUUCACAGUAUCACUCCGUUCCCGCUACCAUCAUGGAGAACCAUGGUUCCCCAGACACAAGCCGAGGCAGCCCUCAGAGACACAUUCCACCUUCUCCUGCUUCAUCUACCACUGGUAGCGAGUUCAAAGUGAGCAAAGCCAAGAAGGGAAAGCGAGUACAUGCUUGCGAGUACCCUGGAUGCGCGAAGGUCUUCACUCGUGCUGAGCACCGACGACGUCAUGAACUGAGUCACAAAGCGAAAAAGACCUACGUCUGUACCCAUGAAGGCUGCACAAAGGCAUUCCAUCGCGCAGAUUACCUGGCACAACAUGUGGCGCGACACGAUCCCGACUACACAGUAUCAAAGUCCCCUUCACUGCGAAGCAACUCAACCUCAUCUGCUGUUAGCACGCACCACUCACAGGCGUAUUCUUCCAAAUCUCCAGUCCUUGCUGGCUUCCAAUCUCCCGUCACGAGCACUAGUUCAAGGACACCAAGUACUGCGGACCAGCAAGUGCUAGUCUGCUCAAGUUGUUUCAGCUGCCAAAGCGGCCAGGCUCAUGGCCCUUCUCACCAAAGCAACAACCCUCUGUACAAUUACCCACCAAGCUCCGGAUUGGGUCUCUUCGCCUCCCAAUCCUCAACUACCGGCGGGCCUGCGGGGCUCGACUCCGUGAUUGAUCAGUACCUACGCAGCGUUCUUCGACCAGAGGCAUUUCUGCCAGCGCAAUCUCAGGAGCAACUGGACCCUUCCUUCUGGGGAUCGAACAUCGACCCAAAUCUUCCUAGCAUGAACUCAUCGACCUUCCAACCUCCAACUUCCUACCCCUGGACAUCAGGAGCGGAGAGCAUGCCAUCCCAUGUUCAAACAGCACACCAAAUGCCUCAGAAUCUCCCACGCCAAAAACGUGAUUCAUGA